AUGUUAGACCUUAUCUUCUUCACUCUUCUCAUAACCGUUUUUAUCUACACACUCACCCGAAUAACUCACAAAUCAAAGCGCGCGAACCUCCCACCGGGCCCACCGGGUUGGCCGGUAGUCGGUAAUCUGUUUCAAUUCGCGCGCUCCGGAAAACAGUUUUUCGAAUACGUCGACGAGAUGAGAAAAAUCCACGGCCCGAUUCUCACGCUACGCAUGGGAAUCCGAACCAUGAUCAUAAUCUCCGACGCGAAUCUCGCGCACGAGGCCUUAAUCGAGCGCGGGGCCCAAUUCGCAACCCGACCCGUCGAAACUCCGACCCGAAAAAUCUUCAGCUCGUCCGAUAUCACCGUCCACUCCGCCAUGUACGGUCCCGUGUGGCGAUCCCUGAGGCGGAACAUGGUUCAGAACAUCCUGAGCUCGAAUCGGUUGAAAGGAUUCGCCUCCGUUAGAAAAUCCGCCGUUGAUAAGCUCGUGGAGAGGAUCAAAUCGGAGGCUGAGGAGAACGACGGGAUCGUCUGGGUGCUUAGAAACGCGAGAUUCGCUGCGUUUUGUAUUUUGUUAGAUAUGUGUUUCGGAGUUGUGAUGGAUGAAGAAUCGGUUGAGAAGAUGGAUCGGAUGAUGACGGAGAUCUUAAUCGCCGUCGAUCCACGGAUCCACGAUUACCUCCCGAUUCUAACACCGUUUUACUUUAAAGAGAGAAAACUAGCUCUCGAACUUCGCCGGAAACUAGUGGAAUUCGUCGUUGAGUUCAUUGAGAAACGUCGAUCGGACAAAACGGCGUCGUCUUUCGCUUACCUCGAUACGUUAUUCAAUCUAAAAAUCGACGGGAGAGAAACGACGCCGUCUGACGAGGAUCUCGUGACUUUAUGUUCAGAGUUUUUAAACGCAGGCACGGACACAACGGGGACAGCGAUCGAGUGGGGGAUCGCGCAGCUGAUCACGAAUCCGAAGAUUCAAUCUCGUCUCUACGAUGAGAUUAAAUCAACGGUUGGAGAUCGAACCGUCGAGGAGAAAGACCUGGACAAUAUGGUCUUUUUAAAAGCUUUCGUUAAGGAGAUUCUCCGUAGACAUCCGCCUACUUAUUUCACGUUAACUCACGGCGUUACGGAGCCGACGACUCUCUCGGGUUACGACAUUCCCGUGGGAGCCAACGUGGAGUUUUAUCUUCCCGGUAUGAGUCAAGACCCGAAUAUCUGGUCUAAUCCGGAUAAAUUCGAACCGGACCGGUUUAUUAAAGGUGGUGAAGACGCUGAUUUAACCGGUGUAGCGGGAGUGAAGAUGAUGCCGUUCGGUAUCGGCCGUCGGAUCUGUCCAGGGCUUGGGAUGGCGAUCGUACACGUGGAGUUAAUGAUUGCUAGGAUGGUUCAAGAGUUUGAGUGGAGCAAAAAUCCACCGGAGAGUGAAGUUGAUUUCGCCGGAAAGUUAGUCUUCGCGGUGGUGAUGAAGAAUCCCUUGAGAGCCUUGGUCAAAGCUAGGGUUUAA